GCAGCACGCGCGCCUCUGCGCCCACCCAUGGCUAUAGCCAAGCUAGCCCACCCGCGCCCGCACGGCCGCACUCGCACCCACGGGAGAAUUCCCGGCCGCGCGGCGCGCGAGCACCAAUCUAAAAUUGGCACGGCCUCUCCCUCCCCCUCCCCCCCGCAUCCCGCGGCGUGUCCUCUCGCCUUCUGCCUUUCCUCCCUUAGCCAGUAGCCCAAAUUUACACCGCGCCAUUUCUUCAUUGGCCUGGAACGACGACGACCACGUACGCCAUGGCGCCCGGGGCCACGCUCCUCCUGCGGUGAGGGCACCCACCACCACCACCAGCAGCAGCAGCGGGCUACCUAGUUCGGAUCAGGAUGGCGGGGGACUACGUGGACGUGCCGCUGGGCGGCGGCGGGCAGAGCACGCUGCCGCCGGUGGCGCCGCUGAAGAAGCAGCCGUCGCGGCUGGCGUCCGGGAUGAAGCGGCUGGCGUCCAUGGUGCCCGACACGAUGAAGCUGAAGCGGACGCACUCCAGCGCGCAGCCGGCGCUGCGCGGCCUGCGCUUCCUCGACAAGACGUCGGCGGGGAAGGACGGGUGGAAGAACGUCGAGAAGCGGUUCGACGAGAUGAGCGCCGACGGACGCCUGCCCCAGGAGAGCUUCGCCAAAUGCAUCGGUAUGGCGGAUUCUAAGGAGUUUGCAAGCGAGGUGUUUGUGGCAUUGGCGAGAAGGAGGAGCAUCAAACCAGAAGAUGGGAUAACAAAGGAACAGCUGAAAGAAUUUUGGGAGGAGUUGACUGAUCAGAACUUUGAUUCACGACUACGAAUAUUCUUUGACAUGUGUGACAAGAAUGGUGAUGGGCAGCUUACAGAGGACGAGGUCAAAGAGGUUAUUGUGUUGAGUGCCGCAGCAAACAAACUUGCCAAGUUGAAAAGCCAUGCUGCAACCUACGCCUCACUGAUCAUGGAAGAGCUGGAUCCUGAUCAUCGCGGUUACAUUGAGAUUUGGCAGCUGGAGACGCUACUCCGUGGUAUGGUGACAGCCCAAGGGCCUCCAGAGAAGGUGAAGCUGGCUUCAGCAAGCCUUGCAAGGACAAUGGUCCCUUCCAGUCACCGGAGUCCAAUGCAGAGGCGUUUCAACAAGACUGUUGACUUCAUCCAUGAGAAUUGGAAGAGGAUAUGGGUGCUCUCCUUGUGGGCGAUCCUCAAUAUUGCAUUAUUCAUGUACAAGUUUGUGCAGUACAGUAGGCGGGAUGCAUUUCAGGUGAUGGGCUACUGUGUCUGCAUAGCAAAGGGUGCUGCCGAAACACUCAAGCUGAACAUGGCCGUUAUACUCCUCCCGGUGUGCCGAAACACACUAACAAGGCUCCGAUCAACAGCACUCAGCAAAGUCGUACCAUUUGAUGAUAACAUAAACUUCCACAAGGUUAUCGCACUGACGAUUGCAAUUGGAGCGGCUACUCAUACUCUUGCUCAUGUAACCUGCGACUUCCCAAGAUUGGUAUCAUGUCCAAGGGACAAGUUCGAGGCCACACUGGGGCCUUACUUCAACUAUGUUCAACCAACAUACUCAUCGCUGGUUGCAAGCACUCCAGGGUGGACUGGCAUCCUCAUGAUCUUGAUAAUGUCAUUCUCGUUCACACUUGCGACACAUUCGUUCAGGAGGAGCGUUGUGAAGCUUCCAUCACCACUGCACCACCUUGCUGGUUUCAAUGCCUUUUGGUACGCCCAUCACCUACUGGUGAUUGCAUAUAUCCUCUUGGUGCUGCACUCCUACUUCAUAUUUCUCACCAAGCAGUGGUACAAUCGAACGACGUGGAUGUUCUUGGCAGUUCCAGUCCUCUUUUACUCCUGCGAGAGAACUAUCAGAAGAGUUCGUGAGAGCAGUUAUGGGGUGACCGUCAUCAAGGCAGCAAUUUACCCUGGAAAUGUGCUCUCUAUUCACAUGAAUAAACCAUCAAGUUUCAAGUACAAAAGUGGGAUGUAUAUGUUUGUAAAAUGCCCAGAUGUUUCGCCUUUUGAAUGGCAUCCCUUCUCCAUAACUUCUGCACCUGGAGAUGACUACUUGAGUGUUCAUAUCCGUACAUUAGGUGACUGGACAACAGAACUUAGAAACCUAUUUGGGAAGGCUUGUGAGGCACAAGUAAGUUCCAAGAAGGCUACACUUGCACGACUUGAAACCACUAUCAUAGCAGAUGGUCUGAAAGAGGAGACUUGCUUUCCCAAAGUCUUUAUAGAUGGUCCUUUCGGCGCACCAGCUCAAAAUUACAAGAAAUAUGACAUUCUUUUGCUUAUCGGGCUUGGAAUUGGAGCAACGCCUUUCAUCAGCAUACUGAAGGAUCUCCUGAACAACAUAAAAUCCAAUGGAGAUGUGCAAAGCACGCAUGAUGCUGAGUUAGGCUGCACCUUUAAGAGCAAUGGGCCAGGAAGAGCUUAUUUCUACUGGGUCACCAGAGAGCAAGGUUCCUUUGAAUGGUUUAAAGGCGUGAUGAAUGAUGUUGCUGAAAGUGAUCAUGAUAAUGUAAUAGAGAUGCACAAUUACCUGACAAGCGUGUAUGAAGAAGGAGAUGCAAGAUCAGCUCUGAUUGCCAUGGUCCAAUCACUUCAACAUGCCAAAAAUGGUGUGGAUAUCGUCUCUGGCAGCAAGAUCCGGACACAUUUUGCAAGGCCGAACUGGAGAAAGGUAUUCUCAGAUCUGGCCAAUGCCCACCAGAACUCUCGUAUAGGCGUUUUCUACUGUGGGUCUCCAACACUUACGAAAAUGCUGAGGGAUCUUUCACUAGAAUUCAGCCAGACGACAACGACUCGGUUCCAUUUCCACAAGGAGAACUUCUAAGACCAGACCAGGAAAAAAACACCAAAAUAAUCGCAGGCGCUCUUAUAUAGAACAAGAAAUUUUAGCAUCGGUUAGCAACUCUUUCUGUGUAAAGUUCCAUCAAGAACUGGAACAUUGGUGUACAAAGGUACGUGGGCAUUAGUUAGUGCUGCUGCCGUUUAUAGAUGGAGGAAAAAGAAAGGCAUGUAUUUUCUGAGCAAUUUGAUUGUUUCUUAGAAUGUACUAGAAACAACGUGCGGCUUUGCCGCGCCCAAUUUAGAUUAGGCCAAUCUAUUUUGUCAGUGGCCUUGUUUAGGAUCAAUGGUUUUUUUUCUUAACAUAUUGAACCAAAAACCUAAAGAAAUAAAUUAAUAGACGUUGGGACUUGAGAUCA